UUUCUGGGAAACAAACCUGGCCUUGACAAUUUCCUUUUUGCUUCAGAGUCUCUCUCACCUUCUCUAUGUGAUCACUCCAUUAUAAUAAACUCAAGAGAAAAAAAAAAUUAAGAAAGAAAAAUUAAAAUGGGGGAUCAAAUAGCAAGAGCAGAGGAUUUCGAGAAAAAAGCAGAGAAGAAGCUCAGUGGCUGGGGAUUGUUCGGUUCCAAAUACGAAGAUGCCGCUGAUCUCUUUGACAAAGCCGCCAAUUCCUUCAAGCUCGGCAAAUCCUGGGAUAAGGCUGGAGCGACAUAUGUAAAGUUGGCAAACUGUCAUUUGAAGUUGGAAAGUAAACAUGAGGCAGCCCAAGCUUAUGUUGAUGCUGCUCAUUGCUAUAAGAAAUCAUCUAUAAAUGAGGCCAUAUCUUGCUUAGAGCAGGCAGUAAAUAUGUUUUGUGAAAUUGGAAGACUCAGCAUGGCUGCAAGAUACUUCAAGGAAAUUGCUGAAUUGUACGAGUCCGAACAGAACAUUGAACAGGCUAUUGUUUACUUUGAAAAGUCAGCUGACUUCUUCCAAAAUGAAGAAGUAACCACUUCUGCCAACCAGUGCAAGCAGAAAGUAGCUCAAUUUGCCGCUCAACUAGAACAAUAUCAAAAGUCCAUUGUGAUUUAUGAAGAGAUAGCACGGCAGUCCCUCAAUAAUAACUUGCUGAAGUAUGGAGUUAAAGGGCAUCUUCUUAAUGCUGGUAUUUGCCAGCUGUGCAAGGGUGACGUUGUAGCAAUUACCAACGCUUUAGAGCGAUAUCAGGAAUUGGAUCCAACUUUUUCUGGAACACGUGAAUACAAAUUAUUAGCGGAUAUUGCCUCUGCACUUGAUGAGGAAGAUGUUGCCAAGUUUACUGAUGUUGUCAAGGAAUUUGAUAGCAUGACUCCACUGGAUUCCUGGAAGACAACCCUUCUGUUGAGGGUGAAGGAAAAGCUGAAGGCCAAAGAACUUGAGGAGGAUGAUCUUACCUAAAAGUUUUAUAUCUCAAAGUUCAGUGAUUUUUAGCUUUUAUUCUUGAUGAUUGCAUUGUGUUAUGUGAUUGUGUCCAGCUACACUUGCUUUACAAAUGGCUACUGGUACUGAAUUGUUCUUGGUUUGAAUGUUAAUUCGAGUGGGUAUGCUAAAGUUUGUGAACAAGAGUUUGUAAUUCUGGGUAUUGACUAUUUUCUAUUGCUGGUUUUCAUGUUGGAAAAGAAUGAGAACUCUAAAUGGAGGAUACAAUUGAAUUAUUAAAUUAAAGGGGCCAUGAUCAUCUGCUCUA